AUGGUCGCUGCUGGCUCCAUCAACGUCGCAGUCCGCGUUCGCCCCCCGACCCCGUGGGAGGCCGCCAGACUUCCACAACCUACAUACGACAACUGCCUUCGCGGUGACGGCGCGCUCUCUACUCCUGGAAGACCUACCGCUUCUUCUACCUCCGUCCGCGACGUUAUCCGAAUAGUAGACGACCGUGUUCUCACCUUCGAUCCCGAUGAGAAGGAUCCCUCUAAAGCUUUCGUUGAGCGCGGUUUUCUUCCUCCGGGAACAAAGCGGUACAAGGAUAGGCGCUUCAUAUUUGAUAAGGUCUUCGACCACCAGGCACGGCAGGAGGAUGUCUAUAGAGACACGGCCAAGCCCCUUCUACGCAAUCUACUAGACGGUUUCAACGCCACUAUAUUUGCUUACGGUGCCACCGGGUGUGGCAAGACUCAUACUAUCAGCGGCACAGAUGCCGACGCAGGUAUCAUCUACCUCACAAUGGCUGACCUCUUCCACCAAAUUGAGGACCGCAAAGAAGACUAUAUUGUCGAGGUCGUGGUCACAUUUCUCGAGAUAUACAAUGAAGAGAUACGAGAUCUGCUAGCCGAGCCGGGUAACCCUACACCGCGGGGCGGUCUCCAGAUUCGUGAGGACAAGACGGUCAAGGUAGUCGGACUGGCAGAGCUCCGACCCACUAGUGCAGAUGAGGUCAAGCAGAUCGUCCUUCUGGGUAACUCGCGGAGAACACAGUCACCCACACAUGCCAACGAGACCUCCUCGCGUUCACAUGCCGUGCUGCAGGUCCAUGUCACACAGGCCCCUCGUACAGCCUCUUUAACGGAACAGCGUACAAUGGCGACGUUGUCUAUCAUCGAUCUUGCAGGCAGCGAGCGCGCUGCUGCGACGACAAACAUGGGCCAACGCAUGGUUGAGGGUGCUAACAUCAACAAGUCCCUUCUUGCCUUGGGUAAUUGCAUCAAUGCUUUGUGCGAAAGCGGCGGCGGCGUUCGCCAUGUUCCGUAUCGCAACAGUAAACUCACCCGCUUGCUGAAGUUCUCCCUCGGCGGCAAUUGCAAGACCGUCAUGAUCGUCUGCAUAGCCCCCACAUCAAUUCAUUUCGACGAUACUCAGAACACCCUUCUCUACGCUGAACGCGCCACAAGGAUCAAAACCAAGGUCGUAACGCGUAACGUAGUCAACGUUGAUCGUCACGUUGGACAAUACGUCGAGGCCAUCAACCGUCUCAACACCGAGGUAGCCGAGCUCAAGGCGAGGCUGUCCGGGAAACGUGACUUAGAGGGGGAGAAGGAACGUCGAAAGAGGAAGGAGGCUGCCCUGGAAGUCGAAAAGGCGAAGAGUGACAUGCAACUCAAGGCUGAACAGACGCAGCCGUCGAUCAUAGAUGGUGCAAGCUGUGCGAGCAAAAUUGCAGUCGCGAAGGCCAAGCUGAAGGUCAUACAGGCGCGGCUCGCCCAAGUUGACGCACAAAGGUCGCCUUCAUCCUCUCUUUCCUCGGACCUGGAGGCAGAACGUCACCUUCUGCAGGCUCUAAUGGGACCAGAAGAGCAGAUUCUCAAGGCAGAAUCCGCUGUGAAUGUCCGCCUGCAGCGGUCAAACAAUUCUGCUGCCAUGUUCGAUGCGAUGCUGCGCGCUGUGAGCGAGCGGCGAUCGGACAAACUGGACGAGUUCAGCGUGGACAACGUCAAGCUCGACGCCAAAUGGCGAAAGGCAGAGAUGGACCGUGUCAAAGCGGAGGCCGGCCGAAAUGCGCUCCAAGAGGCAGCGGUGAGCCAGACAGAGGCCGUCAUCAAUUUGAUUGGGAUGGUUAGCAGAUGCACCGUCAUGUUGAGUGAAGCUAGCCAACUGCUGACCACCGCGGUGGCGGAGGGCAGGGACGGUUUGGAAGGGACAGCCAGAGCGCUCGCAGCCUCGCUCAAGAAUGUCGCAGGAAACAAUGAUGACGCCUUCAAGGCACUUCUUGGACACUCAAUCGCUGCCUAUGCGCUUGCUUCCAGUCCAGCGGGGACGUCAUCGCUGAACAACUUCAAAGGCUACCCUUCGGCUCUCAGCAUUGGACGUGUGACAUCCGGACCUGUAGUCUCGCAGCAGCCUAAGGCGCGAGUGUCGAGACGAUCCUCGUCGUACGGCACUUCCAUGGUCUCUCCACGCAAGGCGCACAAGAGUCCACGUAAAUCAUUGCGUUCGAGCAUGACUGCUGCGGCCGUACCCUACCGGCGAGUAUCUGACAAGGACAAGGGCAAGAAAAAGGGCGUGCAAUGGAGGGAUGAAGUAGGACAAGGCCAGAUUGACGAUGGUGGGGAACGUGAACCACAGGUAGUGAUCACUGUGGCUUCCCCGGAUCUCAGUGGCAUCGCAUCUGGUUCAGGUUCUGUUUUAAAGAGGAACAUGUCCAUCGGCGGGUCGGAAAGCGAAUGGGAGGAUGAGAAGACGGAGGAUAGUCUCAAUAUGAGCAUGAGCAUGAUGUCAGCGUCCUCACGCGAUAAUGCCGCUCCUACUCCUGCUGCCAAUGGUUUUCGCAAGCGACCGCGUGCGAGCAGAUUGGAUCCUGGUUUCCUGAAAGGAAAAUCAAAGUGUUCGACACUGGGGAGUCUGGCUGAGGAUGACGAGACUCUUAGUACACCUCGUCGUCCGUCACCAUUAUCAGACGUCAACAUGAACAGGAUUCCGUCACCGUCCGAGGGAUCGAGUAGCAGCGCAAGCACUCUGGACACACUGCACGUUCCAAAGGGUCGCGAACGCCAUCACAACAGUCCUGCGAAGAGAGCCCCGAUGACACCAAAAAUCGUUGGUAUGUUGAAGAGCGGCAGACGGCGAUCCAACAUCGGUCCCAUGCGGAACGACCGACCGCGGAGACGCUCGAGCAUGAUCCCACAGCUAUCCCCUAUCAUAGCAGAUGCAAAUGACUCUGCGAGUGGAUCGCAGGCCGGCGGGUCAGGCGCGCGGAGGAUCCCCAUAAGCGUCGAGCGUUCACCCGCUAAAAGGCCCAAGAGAAUGUCGCUGUUGGCGAUAUCCAGUGCGAGGUUGAACGCAUCUGCUCGGCUGAAGCUAUCUGACGUAAACACGAGUGCGGAUAUCAGCUUCAGAGCUGGCGCGGGGGGCGGCAAACCCUCGUGGAAAUGA